AUGUGGGCGAACCAGGACGCCGGUUUAUUCCUUCCGGAGGAACAGUACAUUACGGAUGCAGCGGUCACCGGUUUGCAACAUUAUCAUCUGUCGCGCAUGUUGUUGAUUGCACACAAUCCCAAGGUUCCGAGGCUCGGAACCGCUUUCCGAGUGAUGGAGGAAGAAUUGAAGCAAACUGUCCGAGUGAUAUGCGGGCUUGCAGUGGCAAACGAACGAACCGCACCGGCUCAUGUACGAGCCCAACUUAGAGAAGCUUGGGGCUGGGAAGAAGACUCGCCCUCGCCCCCAUCCAUGCCCAUUGCCGGCAUGUUGAACGCCAAUGCCCGGGCGCGCGACGCGGAAAGCACAUAA